UUUCUUCUUCUUUGGUUAUUUCUUUUUCUGCUUUCUUCAUCAAUUCUCUCAUCUUAGCAUUUUGAACCUCCAAGCACUUUCCUCUCAUGGAUUGCGUUAAGCCAAUUGUAGAUCUUAUUGACAAAUAUCUGAUUAGCCCUUUUGUUCAAGAGAUGAAGCACUUGACAAGCUCUAAUGAAAAUGUCAAGGGCCUUCAAACUAUAGUUCAAAAUCUGAUGGCAAGGAGGAAAGAUGAGCAAAGCACUCUCAAAGGAGAAGAAAAUGCUGGAAAAGUGAAGACUGACGUAGCCAGCAAUUGGUUUCAGGCUGUCCAUGAAAUCGAAAUGGAAGCCAAUGCCAUAGAAAAGGAGUAUGAUCAAGCGACAUGCCCAGGAGGGGAUUGGUGGGUGAAAUACUGUUCAUGCUACAGAUUGAGCAAGAGGUCUGUAGACCUCAAGCAGAUGGCUGAUGAUAGGCUGAAGGAAGAAUUUGUUCUGGCAAGGCCAGUUUCUUCUGCAAAGUCUGUGAUUAAGAUGCCAACCGAGCCAAUUGAGAACCAGUCAUUUUCUCAACUCACGCUGAAGGAGAUGCUUGAUUGCUUAGGUGAUUCUGAUCCACAUCUUGAUAUCAUUGGAGUAUAUGGCAUGGGGGGAGUGGGUAAAACCACUUUGGCCAAACAAGUUAACAAUCACUUCGAAAACGAUGUUGAUUCUUGUUUUCAGAUUGUGAUAAUGGUCACCGUGUCUGCAACUCCCAAGAUACAAAGUAUCCAAACCAAUAUCAGUAAGCGUCUUCAAUUACCAGAAGGUAGUGGGGCUGAAGCAUUGUUUGAUGCCUUAAGAAAAAAGAAAUUUCUUCUAAUUCUGGAUGAUGUGUGGCACAAAUUAGAGCUUGGAGAUGUUGGAAUCCCUCACCCUCGAGACGGCAAAUUCGGUAGCAAGAUCCUAGUGACGAGUCGGAUUCAAGAUACUUGCACAGAUAUGGGUGCAAAAAAAACAAUAAAAGUGCAGACAUUAUCAAAAGAAGAGUCAUGGGGACUCUUUGUUGAAGUUGCUGGCGGACAUGUUGCUGCCAAUGAUAUCAAGUGCUUUGCUGAAAAGCUUGUUGGAAGGUGCAAGGGUCUCCCUCUCGCAAUUGUCACGGUUGCUCGAGCAAUGGCUAAUCGACGUGGAGUUGGGGUGUGGGAGAAUGCAUUAAGGUCAAUGGAGCAAUCAGCUAAGGAUCUCCGAGAUGGAGAUUAUGAAUAUAGUCUGAGGAUGCAUGAUAUGAUGCGAGAGCUUGGGCUUUGGAUUACUUCUUCUUCAGAGUACUACUCUGAUAGUAGCCCCAAGUUCUUGACAAGGAGUGGUAAAUCGGUCAAAGAGGCACCAAAAGCUCAUGAGUGGGUAGAUGCAACAAGGGUUUCUUUAUUAAAUACCCAAAUAGAGAAGUUGCCAGAGUUGGGAGAGACAUGCCAAAAACUAACCACUUUUCUAUUCACGGGGAAUAAUAUCUUCACUGUUAUUCCCUCCACAAAUUUCUUCCAGCACAUGGAUCAUCUUAGCGUACUUGAUCUUUCUUGCUCAGAUGGAUUGGAAUUUCUUCCAAAUUCCUUGUCAUGUUUGGUCAAUCUUCGGGUGCUUAGGCUACAGUGGUGUAAAGUUUUGAGAGCAUUGCCUGAAGUCGGAAUGCUCCAAAAGCUCCAAGUUUUAGGGUUGCAUGAGUGUGAAGAGUUAGAGCAGGAAAUCCUGGGAUCUGAAUGCGUGGGAAGUGAAGGUAAUUUAAGGUAUUUGGAUGUGGAAAUGACUAAAGUUUCAAUUCCUGUGGGGGUAAUUUCUCGUUUGCACAAACUAGAGGAAUUGAGAUUGUUUAGAGCUGAAAAUAUAAAAUGGAGGGUGAGUGCUGCUAGGGAAGAUGAAAAAUGGGAAGGGAGUAGUACUGGGUCUGAGGAGGAGGAUGACCACUCCGUGAUCAAUAAUAUCAGUAAAAUUGAUGUGGAGGAGUUGGUCCAGUUGACCAAUUUAACAUCUCUUUCCAUUUCCUUGGAAGGUAUCACUAUUUCUGAUCGGUGGUUCGAACCUCUGGCCAAGAAGUUUACACAAUUGGAGCUGAAACAUUGCAGAGUCAUAGAACAAGAUGCUCUACAAGCUCUCAAUAAAUCUCCAAAUCUACGAGACCUGCAAAUUGAGGAUUGCCCGGGUCUGACAUGUGUGCCAGCCACUGCAGGUAGUAGUGUUGGAGGGAUCAAUGUUAAAAUAAGUGACUGUGAGGACUUGGAGAAUGUGUUUGAUGGAGCCGAUCGCGACUAUUAUGUGUACCAACAAGGUGGUGGUUCCUUUGUUAAGGAAUUAACCUUGGUAACUUUACCAAAAUUGGAAAGGAUAUAUGUGGGUCUCCCACCACCAAAUUGCUUUGCUCAACUAUCGGUGAUACGAAUAAGGUACUGCAAUAAGUUGAAGAUGGUCUUCACCAAGGGAAUGCCACGGCUCAACAACUUGAAAUACAUAACGGUUAGAUAUUGCCAUGAAAUGGAAGCAAUAAUUGAAGAGGAAGAGGUUGGGGAGGAGUUGGAAGGGAAAACCCAAAGUAAUAUUAAUGGAGGAGUAGUCAUCUCACCCUUCCCAAAACUGAAGUGGUUAUGGCUACAAGACCUACCAGCACUACAUGACAUGUGCAGCAGCAGUGGCAGCAGCAACCGCAUCUUCCUGCAUUGCCCCCUUCUAGAGAAUGUGUUUGUGACCGACUGUCCAAAGUUAAAGAAGGAUCCUCUCCCUAUAAGAAACGCCGAUGGAUUUCUUGUCAUCGAUGAUGAAGAAGGACAGUGGCGAAAAGGCUACAAGGUCAUGGAAGAGGAAAUUCAAGUGGCUUGAGGAAGACGAGUAAUUAAUUCAAUUCUCAUUCUCUUCCCCAUGUACUGAAUUUUUUUUUUUUUCUAAGUUCUUUGUGAUUGUCAUGUACCUCUCUAUAUAGUGUAAAGUUAUGUUAGUGUUGGGGUGGUUUAGAACAUGCUCUGGCAAUCCCAAGGGGGUAGCUGGGUUGGCAAGAGACCUUUGCCUUAGGAAGCGUGUGGUUCUGAGUUCGACUUUUCUUACCUCAUUGGGGUCACUCACAAUGGGGUGUUUAAGGUUGUGUUUGGUUGUAUAAUUCGUUGGAGUUAUUUUUCUGAUUUGGCAUAGAUUCAGUAGAGAGUGGUUUUGAUGAAUGUUAUUUAUUUUUGAGUCAUUCUGGAAAACUGUUUGGUUACCCAUAAUUCUGUUAUGUAGUUCUUUCUGAAAACUGUUUGGUUGACCUAAAUUUGUGAGAAUGAUUCUAUAGAAUCAGUUAUUAAAAACUGUUUGGUUA